GGAAGCCUCAAGAAUAGAAAGCAGAUCUUGCCUCAGGAAUUCAUAUACGAAUUAAAAUCUGGAACCGUGGAUGAAAAACUUGUCAGCUGCCUAGAAUCUCUUCGAGUGUCGCUAACUAGUAACCCUGUCAGUUGGGUUGAGAACUUUGGACGCGAAGGACUCGGAUUAUUAUUGGAUCUCUUGGAAAGACUGGUUGAAAGCAAACAACAGGACAAGUUCCUAAAGAAGACACAGCAUAAGAUAAUUCAGUGCUUAAAAGCUUUUAUGAAUAACAAGUAUGGUUUGGAGAGAAUAAUGAGCGAAGAGAGAAGUUUUUCGUUACUGGCCAAAACAAUUGAUCCCAAACAGAUCAACAUGAUGACUGAUGCA